ACCUUUGAAAGGUUUCGCCAGUGGCGGAUUCAUCACGAAAAGCGCAACAUGAGCAGUGAGUUCUUACCAAAAAGUUUUUCUCAUUUUUCCGCAAAAAUACAGUGAAAAAAGUAGUGAAAUUAGUGCAAAAAGGAUUAUCAGUGUUUGGAGAACAGAAGGCAAUUGGAAAAAAUGGCAAGCGCCCAUUCCCCGGACGAUAUGUGGUCUCCCUUUAAGACCCUGUAUCAGACUGUAGAGCACCAUCUGUCUAGUCCCCAUACUGAGGGGAAUAUUAGUGAUUUGGAGGCUGUACUGCAGUGUCAUCGACAGAAUUUUAUUUCUCUGCUGAAGAAUCCCCCGAAAGAUGCCAAGAGCCGGGAGGAUUUGCAAAGGGGCGUCUCGGAGGGGAUAACACUGCCAGACCUUGGGCAUACCGUACUGUCCAAGGAUUUAGUGGAUGAGAGCAUUAUCAUAUCGGAUAUGUUUGAUUUGAACGAAUACUAUGCACUGCAGCUUCUCUGCACUGCCCAGCAGCAAAUGCCUAACAAUCCAGGCCUCACCAGGGGCCUAGUGGCAGUUCUGUUGUACUAUGAUGGCCGGAAGGCUCUAGUAUCAACGCUCAAGCAGCUGUUUCAAGCCAGAGUUGGCAUUUCGUGGUGUGCAGAAGUUCCUCCGGAACUCACUCAAUUAGUGACUCAGUAUACAGAUUUACUGGUGAAUUAUGAUAUUCUGCUGAAGAUCCUAGACUUGCUGGAGGUGCUCGAUCUCGCCAAAGAGAUAGAGAAACUCUCAGCUAAUCGUGCUCUAGGCUCUCCAAAACACUAUCGCCAAAUUGUGGAUCUUUAUGAAGACAUCCGGAUGAUCCUGGCAACUUGCCUGUUCAACUGGUCAGCUCAGUGUGGCCUCAAUGAACGUGUAACUCUCCGUCUCAUGGAAUAUCUCGCCAAAUACGAGCCAAAUGGUCCAAGAGGUGGAGUUGAUGAUGUCACUCUAACUCUCCUGAUGACCCUGCUCUAUGCCUUUGAUCUCAGCGUACUGCAAAAGCGGGAAGAUGGAGAGGAGAUUGUUAAGAAUCUCCCCAUCAUCUCGAGUGAAAGCUACAUCCCAACGGUGAUGGAUGUCCUGAGUGGACGAUGGGAAAGCGAAGGAUUGAGAUCUGUAGCUCAAUUUGCUCUGGGAUUGGCAAUGGCCACCCUUCGCCUGGCUCCGCAGAAUCUCCAGCCAGCUGUCAAUGCCAUGGAUCACGAUGAAGUGCUCGUCAAUGAAGCCAUCAAGGGCAGAGUAUUUGACUUUCUCUAUCAUGUUGUCCUGGAGAAUGAACUCAGUUUCCGGAUGGAAUUUUUCCUGAGGCGUCUGCACAUUCUGCUCACGGAUUUUGUCGAAUUGAUGCACUCCAAGGUGACUGAGCUACGAGCCAGUGCUGAUGAUACCGCCAGGACGGUUCAGGGCUACCAGGAUAGUGGAAUUGAACCUCCGGCGCAGAUUAGUCGAGAUUUUGAGACUCUCCUGCUAAUUGUCGGGAAGCUCUAUGCCAAUGAUCAGCUAGGAUUGUGUUUAUGCUUGGAAUACUGGGGUCCAAUGGAGACAGCCACAAAUUACCAACGUUCCUCCUCGAGAUCCGUGUCCCUGUUCAAAUUUAUCCGUUUGGCUGGAGAAUUGCUGCCUCCUCUGCUCUUUGUGCCCUAUCUCAAGAUGCUAGCGGGAUUGUCCAGCUGUGAACAGUCUGCCAGGAAUACCUUCAAUCUCCUGAAGCAGGGAUCAACAAUUUCCGGAAGGACUGCAAUUACCUGGGAUCAUUUUUUCAAUUCCUUCACUCAGUACUACACGAAUCUGAGGCAGGAGCAGAAUCCCAGCAUGGAUACCAUCUACAGCAAUCGUGUACUCAGCAGAAACAUCAGCCCCCAAGAAAUUCAGGGACUCCAGGCUGUCCUGGAGCUGGUGAGAGCUGUCGCGGAUAAUGACGAAAUGGCCAGAAUUGCAAUUUGUGAACAGAGUUCCUGGUCUCCUCUUCAGAUUAUGGUUGGACUCGUUGGAUGUAGUGUCAUAAUUCCCCUAAAGGCAGACUUCUUAAAAACCCUAGGAUCCCUGGCACAGUCCAGAGAAACUGCCCUGCAACUGUGGAAUUGCCUGGAAGUAUCUCAAAUUAUCCAUACAAUUCCCUCAACAGCUCAAUUUCUCAAUCAGGGCAUUGAGACGGAAAUUGAGCAGAAUGAGAGCCGCAAUGAAGUCUAUCCUCUCACUCAGGCCAUCCUUGAGCUCCUCUAUACAUUGACCAAGACGGCAAUCCCGAAGAAUCUGGGAGCAGGAACUCGAAAACCCGGUUUAGAUCCCUAUUUCACCUUCGUGGUGGACAAAGUAUUUCUGCGGUUCUUCAAUAGGAACUACAAGGAACCUGCAGAACUCUGGGAAGUUGCAGAGAGAUGUCUGAGAAUUCUCGAUCUCUUCCUCGAAAAUUACGAAGUCAAUCCGAUGGAUUUCAAUCAGGAAACACGAAGUGAAAAUUCUCCUCCGGGUUUCCAUGUAAUGGUUCAGAUGAAUACCAAAUCUGACACACUCAAGCUGAUACUCUUCAUUCUGGACAAAGUUGUCAAUGAACUGGAUAAAUAUGCCAAUAUUCCGGGAAAGAAGGCACUUGAGGCAAGUGCACUGCACUGCCUGAAUAUCAUUGAGAGGAGUUUGUCGCUGCAGGAACUCUUCUUCGAUGCACAUUCAGUUGCAAAUAGCUCCUUGCUUCUGUCUGGAAUUAACAAACUCCUCCUGGGCGUCAAUGAACGUACUGGAAAGCCUGAUCAUAUGCUGAGGAUUACCAAAUUUGUCACGUACAGAAUGUGGCUGCCAAGGCAAACCCUCCUGGCUGUUAAGAUAAUUGCCAGGGUUCUCAGGCAGCCCAAUGUCAAUGCCCAUCUUCUGGGCAUUUUCACCAUGACUGAAAGCCUAAAGAAUGAGAUUCGCCAUGGAUUCGUGGAGUGCCUGGAGAAUGAGGCAGCAGGAGAAUCCGAUGACAGGACAACGGAUAUUGCCAUCAAGGAAGCCAUAAUGAACCUUCUGGCCGAUUGUCUACCGCAAUCAGCUCCCAACGUUGCCCACUAUCUCUUGGGCUUCGACAUCACCAAGGACAUCCGGAACACAAGACUCCAGCAGCCUGGAGUCAUGGGACAGACGAGCAUGUGCACAAAAUCCCUCGUUAAUAUUCUCGAUGCCAACCUGGAAUUGAUCAAAGCCAGGAUUCCCACUGAUGCGCUCCAGGACAAACUCAUAGAGACUGCCUAUUCGCUGCUCUUUGCCCUUUGCCACAAUCCCAAGACUUCUGAGGUCAUUCUGCGCUUCCUGAGAUCCUGUGGCGAUUUCCUCUGUCGCCAUCUUCAAGCACUGCCAUUCCCCAGUGUCAGGAGUCCUCAAGUUCUCAGUCAAAUGACAGGGCUGCUCAAGGCUGUAGCCAUUGAGCUGAAGAUCACCGCGGAGAAUAAUCAGGUGACCCUCUUCUCGCAUCUCAGCAAGAUCCUCCUGGGGCAUAGUCUAGGAGCACAUCAAGAGUCAGUACAGAUAGAUAUUGGACAGUAUACAGAGCUAGGACUAAAUGGGAAUUCAUCGCCGCAGAACAUGGAUGACACUGAUCAGAGGUUGCUCCUGGGGCAACUUUUUGAGUGUCUGGACUUUGAAGUGAAGACCAUCGAGAGGCCUAAAUGGAAUGUCUACGACACCUCCCAAAUAGCCAGUUUGUUACAGAGCUGUGAAAUUGCCACUGGAGGAGCUGGACCAAAGUUGAUAGACAUCAAGAAACUGAAUGACAUUCUCAGGGAUGAUUUUAGCACAGUUCAGAGCACAAUAGCCGCUGGUCAGAGACAAACAGUUGUACAGGAAAUUGAAUCAAUUCUCCUGUAUGCUCUGCAGAUAAACAGCCACAAGAAGGCAGCUGCUUCCACGGCUCGCUUCCUAGAGGCUUGGGGUCAAGUGACUGAGAUUCUUUUCAGUGUGGCUCCAUCAAUGGCUCUGAGUGUAGAUGCCAAGCAGAGUUUGAUUCUGGACAUUCUGCAGAUUGUCCUGAAGAAAGUGAUCCAUGUGGAGAUUGUUGCUGAAUUGGCCAAUUUGUGUUCUUCGACGGUUCUACUGUUGUUGGUUAACUUGAGGCUGUGCUAUGUGUUGACAGCUAAGGAAGUGGCCAAACAGAAUGUUCUGCCUUCCAGUAGCCUGUCCCGGCAGAGUAAUGUGCAUUUUUCCUUGAAAACAAACACACUGAACUUUAAGUUUAUCCUGGAGGCAAUUGUUGAGUGGAUUAUUGUGUCAGGAGUGGCUUCCCAGAAGCUCAGGAUCAAUCUCUAUGCGUCCCUGCUGAAUUUCAUGCACAUCAUCAAGAGUGGAGUGAGGAAGGGAGGAGAAUCUGAAUUCCAGGGAGAACACUAUGUCAGCCGAUUGGACAGAAGUGUGAAAAGGGUUGAAGAUGGUCUGGGGGCUCAGGAGGAUGAAGUAAACUACAAUCAGAUUACUUUUGAUGUCUUCUCGACAUGUGGAGACAAACUAAUUGACAUUCUCUGCCACGAUGGAUCCGGAGGACAUGAUAUCUGCCGAAUGCUGGCUCUCUCCUGCAUUGACAUGCUCCUGGACAUGGAUUCCAUGAGCACGUGCAUUCAGUUCAUCUCUAAACGCGGAUACCUUGCUCACAUCAUUGACAGUCUCGUGAAGUCCGAUGAGCAACUCUGCCACGUCCUGGAGACCAUGCCGGAUAAUCUCAAAGCCCUCUAUGUAUACGAAUCCAAGAUGGCGAUGCUUUCGCGUGUUGGAUGUUCUUUCAUAGGCGCCGAACUUCUCCUGGAACAUCAGAUUCUGGGUGUUUUGUCCAGCAUGCGAGUUCUGGAUCUCCAUCCGGAUUUCCAGAAUAACACUAGUUGUUCCAAUGUCUUCACAGCUGCAGCUUUUGUUCCGCCAAUUGAGAAGCGCUAUCAGCAGAUUCUUCUGCCAGCUCUCAAUCUCUGCGAUGUCAUCCUGUCUACACUGAGCCCGGAGAAUAGAUCAGUUGUUGCUCAAGUGGUGCAUUUCCUCUUCUCCCAUGGCGAUAUGAUUGAAUUUGUUCUGAGAGCAGGGACACCCUUCCUCAGUUUGGGCUUACUCAAUGAACUGUCAGUACUGACGGGACUUGUGGCAAGAACUGCCAGUAAUGCCUUGAUUACUGAAGUCAAUUCCAAUCAGGAUUUAGCUGCUCAACUGUAUCGACUUCAGAAGCAAAUGAUGACACUCUUUCCGCGGUUCAUUCUCAGCGAAACUGUGCUGAAGAAGAUCAAUGAAUGCCAAUCCGUGGAAGGAAAGAAGAUGAAACAUGUUCGACUGUUCCUGCAAAUCACCGCCAAUUUGACUCUUUACGCCAGAAAUGCCAUUUCGAAUCAUUCAGCCGAUCAUCGAUCCACGGGAAUUCUCUUCUCGCCCAACAUCAGCGAAGGAAUGCAGUCAUUCGAUGGGCGAAACAAUACCCUGGAAGUGUCUCCAAAUCUGGGUAUUAUCAUAACACAGCUAAAAUGCAUUGUUCAGCACUACAGACGCGAGAAUGGGGCUUACAAGAAUCUCCAGCAACAGUGGAGUUCCAUGUCCACAUUCGCCCUGGACAACAAGGCCCUUCAGUACUACUCCACCAUGAAGGAUUCCAUCAAGCAUAAGCAGGAAGAACUGAAACUUUGCAUCUUCAUUGCCGAACACUGCCUGUAUUUGCUGUGGGCUCAUUUGGACUUUUACAUGCUGAGGGCUUUGCCUGUGGACACUCUGCAGAUCAACAAUAAUUGGUCAUUUAGUGGGAAUGAGGGCAUUGUUACAGCUUCAGAAGCGGGAUGGAAAGUGACUGCGGAGAAUAUUGCAGCACUAAAGAGGAGUCUGAUUUCAGUUCUGACGGAGGAUUUCUGCAAUCAAAUCAUCUCCAUGGCUUCGGAACAAUCAUCAGCAGAAAAGACUUUCUCAGAUGCCCUCCUGCGUCGAAUUAAACGUCUCAUUCAGUUUGUUCCCGUGAAAUAAUAAAAAACACAUUUUUGAUGUUACUUUUCAAAAAAAUAUGAAUAAAAUUUCCUAGAAAA